AUGGCUACUGCAGCCACGUACCCUCAAGGAACCUCGCUUGAUAUCCGAGUUGAGGAUUUCUUGGAUGAUAAACUCCAGUCUUUCGAUGAUAUCGAGGAACUGGACACACUUCUUGAGAAUGUCGAGCUUCAACGCAAUCAGCUGCAAUCGCAGCUAGACACAGCUGUCAAAGAGCUCGAGGAGACCCGGCGCACAGCCGACGACCGCCAAGGCUCGCUCACCGCUCGUAUACAGGAGUUCCAAAAGCUUCAGGAGAGCAUUGAUCUCCGUGCCCAGAUCUAUGCUGCCUCGGACGCACCCGAUCAGGCCAUCGAGCGCCUCAAGUCGCCUAUGAACAAGAUCAAGGCUGUCGAGCGGGCCCAAAAUUAUCUUAUUCUGUUGCAAGAUACUGAGAAGCUGCGAGCAGAAGCAAAGUCAUUUCUGCCUCAAGAUCCCAAGGGUGCAUUGGAACCUUAUAUCAAACUGAAGCAACAUGUGCUCAAGUUGCAAGACCUACCAGGCCAAGAGGGUUUACAUCUUGUCGCCUACGCCGAGAAUGUGGCCGGCUCGCUUUGGGAUGACAUCAAAUCUACCAUGUCCGGUGAACUCGAGGAAGUCUUGAAGAAGAGAAAAUGGCCGCGGGUCGAAACGGAUCUACAGAUGGACGAAGAAUGGAUCAAUUGCAUUGAAAAACUUAUCGAUUUGCAAAAGCCAGAGAUAGCGCACACCGAUAAGCUCGUCACACUGUUGCCAUUCGAGAUCAUGGCUUCGAUCUUUGUUUCCGAAUUCCGUUUCCACUUCCUUAGUGACAAACCGACAAGCGGUCCGCAAGCAUUUGGAACACAUUGUCUUCCGUGGUUCAUCGCACUUGUUGAGAAAUGGGAGGACUUCUUCCGAGACAACCUCGGCUACCUCCUCGCGGAGAAGUUCCAAGAUACCGCCGUGGCAACCAAUUUGGCUUACAUCGAUCCCGUCUCUGCAUUGAUUACUGCUCUAUUGCCAGUGUUAAAAGAGAAGACUUCCCAGGUCGCACUGGAAGCUAUCAAGAGUCCGUCUUUCUUGAGCAGUUUCAUGUCGCAGCUAAUGGCGUUUGACGAGAAUCUUCGUUACAAAUUCAGCUACGACGGUGGCAACGUCGAGAAUGGAUGGUCUGGAUUGACCGCAUAUGUCCUUGACGAUCACUUCGACACGUGGUUCAAGGCCGAGAAAGACUUUGCUCUUGAAAGAUACAAUACCAUUAUAGAUUCACAAGACGCCCGUAACAUAGAUUACGAUUAUGCGUUGCAGGGCAAGAUGAAGCCAACGUAUGCUGCUGUACGAGUCACCGAUCUCCUGCGGUCGGUAACAAGCCAGUACGAGAGAGUCCGCACUUUUAAGCACAAGAUCCGAUUCUUGAUCGGUAUCCAGCUCGAAAUCCUAGAUGCUUAUCAUGAUCGUCUCCGAGACUCGCUCCAGGCUUACCAAAGUAUGUCUACCACCUUUGGUCGCACACUGGCUGCGAACAAGGAGGACCUUGCCAUCUUAGAAGGCACGGGCGUGUUUGAAGUUCUGUGUAAGGUUAUCGGCAGCGCGGACCACAUCGUCAAUACCUUAAAAGACUGGAGCAAUGAAGAGUUCUUCGUCUCCCUAUGGGAUGAACUACAAACUCGUGCCUUGCAUAGAACCAGCCAGGGCAAUAACAUAACCAGCACCAUGAGCUAUGAUGAUGUCAAGGAUCGUACUUCUGCUGCAGUAGGAGAGAAGCAUGAGGACGGGGCCCUCUUCGACGAGACUGCUACUGCCUAUAGUAUGCGACGCAAAGCUGCUCAGGAAUUGCUCGUCGGUGCUCUUGUCGAGUCUCACAACAAGGCUUUCCGUGCUUACACGACCCGCGUUCAAUGGACGACUGUUGGAGAGACAGCCAUUCUUGAUGAGCUUGCCAUUACUCCAGAACUGGAUGAGCCACUUCGUAUCCUCCAACGCAACUUCGAUUUCCUCAUCAAAGCGCUCUCCACUGCUGUUUUCCGCCGUGUCUGGCGUGAAGCUCUCAGCAAGCUUCAAGAUCACUUGUGGUCGACAGUUCUCAUGCGCCAAUCUUUCACCACCUACGGCGCAACACAAUUUCGCCGCGAUGGCGUCGCUUUGGUUGCCGUUGUGGAACGCUAUAUCCCCAACGGUUCUUCUAUUCUCGAUAGCUUGACCGAGGGCAUGCAGCUGCUGAGUCUCCCAGUCGAAGCCGGCGAGGCGGGCGGAUUGACACUCAAGGAAGCCAGUGACCGAGUAUUCACGGAUAACGAGGAGGCGCGCAAAGUUCUCGAGGAACUGCAUCUCGAGGAAUUGUCACCACAGAGCGCCAGGAAUAUUCUGCAACGUCGUGUAGAGAACAACGAAAAUGUGGGGUGGUAA